UCGAGUUUGUGUGGCGGCCGCCGCGGGAACGCGAACCCGGUAAUUUUUCAACGGAGAAAGGCGAGGCUUUCGGGCUUGGCCGAGUGAGAGUGAGCGAGUGUCGGGCUCCAGCAGCUCUCUUCUUACGUGACAGCGGGCAUGGAGCACGAGCGGAGGAAACAGCCUGGCGGCGAGGCCGUGGCUCCCGCGCGGCUGGAGUCGCCCUGGUCCGAGUGUGGGGAGGAGCCGCAGAAUCCGAAUCCCGAGAAAAAACAACGGUGCAGAUUUGAUGGCCAAGAAACAAAAGGAUCUAAGUUCAUUACGUCCAGUGCAAGUGAUUUCAGUGACCCAGUUUACAAAGAGAUUGCUAUUACGAAUGGAUGCAUUAAUAGAAUGAGUAAGGAAGAACUCAGAGCUAAGCUUUCAGAAUUCAAGCUUGAAACCAGAGGAGUAAAGGAUGUACUAAAGAAAAGGCUGAAAAACUAUUACAAGAAGCAGAAGUUGAUGUUGAAAGAGGGUGGUUGUGCUGACAGUUACUAUGACUACAUUUGUAUCAUUGAUUUUGAAGCCACUUGUGAAGAGGGUAACCCACCUGAGUUUAUACAUGAAAUAAUUGAAUUUCCUGUGGUUUUACUGAAUACCCAUACCUUAGAAAUAGAAGAUACCUUUCAGCAGUAUGUGAGACCAGAGAUUAACACACAACUUUCUGAUUUCUGCAUCAACCUAACUGGAAUUACUCAGGAUCAGGUAGACAGAGCUGAUACCUUCCCUCAGGUACUAAAAAAAGUAAUUGACUGGAUGAAAUCGAAGGAGUUAGGAACAAAGUAUAAAUAUUGCAUAUUGACAGAUGGUUCGUGGGAUAUGAGUAAGUUCCUGAACAUUCAGUGCCGGCUAAGCAGGCUCAAAUAUCCUCCUUUUGCUAAAAAGUGGAUCAAUAUUCGAAAGUCGUAUGGGAACUUUUACAAGGUUCCUAGAAGCCAAACCAAAUUGACAAUAAUGCUUGAAAAGCUAGGAAUGGAUUAUGAUGGACGGCCUCACAGUGGUCUUGACGACUCUAAGAACAUUGCCAGAAUAGCAGUUCGAAUGCUUCAAGAUGGAUGUGAACUCCGAAUUAAUGAGAAAAUGCAUGCAGGACAGCUAAUGAGUGUGUCUUCUUCGUUACCAAUAGAGGGCACUCCAGCUCCACAAAUGCCACAUUCUAGAAAAUAACAGCAUUUUUGCCCUUUGCCCAUGGAUCAUUCACUCUAACUGGAGUUACUACAAAGAGGUAGCAGAUGAAUACUUAUUGAAUUAGUCCUGCAGUGCAGUGCAAAAUUUAAGCACCUUAAACAUUUAA